AUGAAGAAGCCAGACGUGAAGAUUGUGCUGCUGGGGGACAUGAAUGUCGGCAAGACCUCCCUGCUACACAGGUACAUGGAGAGGCGCUUCCAAGAAACUGUCAGCACAGUCGGGGGAGCCUUCUACCUGAAGCAGUGGCGGUCCUACAACAUCUCCAUCUGGGACACUGCAGGAAGAGAGCAGUUCCACGGUCUGGGCUCCAUGUACUGCCGGGGCGCCGCAGCCAUCAUCCUCACCUAUGACGUCAAUCACUUGCAGAGCCUCGUGGAGCUGGAAGACAGGUUCCUGUCGCUGACGGACACAGCCAGCACGGACUGCCUUUUUGCCAUCGUGGGGAAUAAGAUAGACCUCACGGAAGAGGGCGACGCGGAAGGUGACGCGGAAGGGCUGAAGGAGCAGGGGAAGGCGGUCAGCUGCCGGGACUGCCGAGCCCGAGCGCCCAGGCGGGUCCAGCAGGACGAUGCCGUGGCGCUGUACAAGAAGAUUAUUAAAUACCGAAUGUUGGACGAGAAAGAGGUGCCGGCCGCCGAAAAGAUGUGCUUUGAGACCAGCGCGAAGACGGGCUACAACGUGGACCACGUGUUCGAAACCCUGUUUGACAUGGUGGAGCCCAUCAUUUUGCGCCAGAGAGCCGAGGGACCCUCCCAGACUGUGGAUAUCACUAACUAUAAGCCUGCGAAAAGGACCCAAUCCAGGUGUUGUGACUAA